UGUUCGCAGUUGCGCCGAUGGUGCCGCCGCCGCCGCCGCCGCCGUCCGAUCAAAGUAGGCUCAUCGUCGUCCGCUUGGUCGUCGCCUUUGCGGCCUUCCUGUUCGCGUUUUUCCUGUGCGGCUGCUGCAAGGGAUAUCGAAACAGCCAGGCUCGGGCUGCGGCAGCUCAGCCGCGGCUGCUCCGAGAUCUGCCGCUUCGCGGGGCCUGCGCCGCCAAGCCGACGGCCCGCCUCCCGGCGUUCAAGUACAACGGGUCGGUGAAGCACAACGUGACGGGCGGAGGGGAGGAGGCAGCCACGUGCUCGGUGUGCCUCGGCGCGUUCCAGCUCGGGGAGACGGUGCGGCUGCUGCCGGCGUGCCUGCACCUGUACCACGUGGAGUGCAUCGACCCGUGGCUGGACGCGCACUCGACGUGCCCGAUCUGCCGCUCGGACGCCGACCCGACAGCGGGCGUCGGCCGGCUACCCCCUGUUUAGGCUUGCACGGUAAGCCGGCGAGGGACGUGCGUACAUGCUGCUCUCCGUGCCGAGCUGCCUGAAAACGUAGGCGUCAGCUCAGUUUAGGAAGCACACAAGAGGCAGCGAUGUAAAAUUGAGAGUUUUGUGUUUGUUUUUUUA